AUGUCGACGAAGAGAAAGAGAGCUGGGAAAGCGAUCGACGACGGUACCGCGCCGGCAGAUGUUGUGGCGGUGAACGAUAGACUUCCAUCUCGGCUCUUCGCCACCGACCGGUACCCUAGUAACCGGAACAACUGUUACGCAUCGCUCGAGUAUCUGCUGCUGGUGAGGGAUGUCCUUGAAGGUUCUGAGGAGAUGGAGAGGUUAUUGUGUUCCUGUUUUGGUUCGCUAUUUAGGUUGCCGGUAAGGAGGUGUGCUUUUUCUGGGAAAAUGGUGCAUGGUCUGCUUUCUAGACAGUUGGUAACGAAAAAAAGGUUUGAGAUGUGGCCUGUAUUUGGUGGUUUCCCGACACGUUUCGGGCUUCCUGAAUUUGCCCAUGUUACCGGCUUACCUUGUGGAGAGUUUGAAGCGGGAUACGAGGUAGAUGACAAACUGAAGGCAAAGAAAACAGACUAUGCUUACUGGGAUAAGUUGUUUGGGGGUAGGCGCAAUCUCAAUUUAGAUGAUCUUGCCGCCAUGGUGGUUACUGAAGACAGUAUGUCUCCGGGGAAGAAGCUCCGUCUAUGUUUGAUCAUCAUUGUUGAUGGUGUGCUGAUGCCUAAAACGCAGAAGCCGAAACCGACGCUGAAAUAUGUUAAAUUGGUGGAGAAGUUAGACAAGUUUUUCGCUUUUCAGUGGGGGCGUGAGUCGUUUUGGUGGACAAUUAGCACCAUGAUACCGCCAAAGAAGGUUUUAGGAAAGUGCGAUGACCCAGAGGGGCUUUUCUGUUCCCUUCUGAGGCAGGAGAGCAAAUUCCUGUUGGGUUUCCCGCUAGCGCUGCAGCUGUGGGCUUUUGAAGCCAUCCCUGCUUUGCUAGACCGCUUAGGAGGCGACGAUAGUGUUACGCUAUUGAGCUAUGUUGGGGACAAGUUGCCUACCCAUACGGGGCUGGUCCUGACUGAUAUCCUAGUAUAUACGGGGCUGGUCGACCAGGCCUCCUUUCUCUAG